UUGAGUUCCUGCUCGGGAUUGUUUUGAUGGAGCUAUUCCCUGUGAGGAGAGAGCGCCGCCAUUUUGUUCCAGUUCGAAUGUAAAUGUGUAAAUAAGGCGAUUUAUAGCAAACUCGUUUGGGCGUAGGGUUAGAAUAAUAGUGUAAUAAGGGGUGUAUAAAAGAUUCCGGAGUCCUGUGUGUUAUGGAGAAGUGAGGCUGGAAGUAGGAGGAUCUGAUCCAGAGCUGAUUGAAGGCCGCUUUCUCCGGGACGUUUUUCUCCACGGGGGAGGUUCAGGGUUCGGGAUAUGAAUGGAGGAUAAAUAGCAAAUACUAAUUAUAAUAAAUGGUGGCGAUAUCCGACCGCAGCUCUUGCCGCCUCUUCCUCGCUCUUCUCUACGUCCUGACCCUCACGGAUCCGUCACUGACCGGGUCGUGGUUAGCACUGGCCACACCGCUGUCAGAGCCGCGUUGCGCUCAGGACCAGUUCGCAUGUCUCAGUGGGAGGAUGCAGUGUAUCCCUCUAGACUGGAGGUGUGAUGGCUGGACGGCCUGCGAGGACAAGAGUGACGAGAUCGACUGUCCUCCGAUGAAGGAGGAGCGGUAUCGUUAUGGCAGCGGGUUCGAUCAGAUUGAGGACGUGAUGGGCGUGGCCCAACCCGUGCGCUUUAACAAAAAAUGCCCGAGCGGAUGGCACCACUAUGAGAAGACCUCCAGCUGUUACAAGGUGUACGAGAGAGGGGAGAAUUACUGGCAGGCUGGAGAGACGUGCCAGAGAGUGAACGGUUCGCUCGCCACCUUCAGCACCAACGAAGAGCUGCAGUUCAUCCUCAAAAUUGACCAGAGAGUGUGUGAGCGCAGGGACCAGUGCAGUUUCUGGGUGGGCUAUCAGUAUGUCAUCACCAAUCAGAGUCGAUCGUUUGAGGGCCGAUGGGAGGUGGCCUAUAAAGGCUCUGUGCAGGUGUUUCUGCCCCCGGAGGGAUUGUGGAGUGUGUCGGAGGCGAGCGUGAAGCAGGACAGCGUGUACUGCGCACAACUGCAGCGUUUUCACAACAGGAACAUGAAUGAGCGUGGCUUGCACAGCUGGCACACAGAGAACUGCUACAAACCCUUUCCUUUUCUCUGCAAAAGACGACAGACGUGUGUGGAUAUCCGGGAUAACGUGGUCAGCGAGGGACUGUAUUUCACACCCAAGGGGGACGACCCGUGUCUGAGCUGCACGUGUCACGACGGCGAGGCGGAGAUGUGUGUUGCGGCGCUGUGCGAGAGGCCGCAGGGUUGUACGCACUUCACCAAGGAUCCUAAAGAGUGCUGCAAGUUCACCUGUCUCGAUCCAGAAGGCAGCAGUCUGUUCGACUCCAUGGCGAGCGGCAUGCGUCUGAUCAUCAGCUGCAUCUCGUCCUUUCUGGUCUUGUCCUUGCUGCUCUUCAUGGUACACCGCUUACGGCAGCGACGCAGAGAGCGCAUUGACACGCUGAUCGGAGGGAACUUGCACCACUUUAACCUGGGCCGCCGUGUUCCCGCUUUCGAUUAUGGCUCAGACAUGUUUGGGACGGGUCUCACACCGCUACACCUGUCUGAUGAUGGAGAAGGUGGCGCUUUCCACUUCCAGGAACCACCACCCCCCUAUGCAGCAUAUAAAUACCCUGAGCUCCGGCCUCCAGAUGAGCCUCCGCCCCCUUAUGAGGCUUCCAUCACCCCCAACUCUCUUCUUUACCUGGGACUUGGGCUGAACGGUACACAGGACAAUGGAGGAGGUGGAACCCUCUGCAGAACCCCUCUUCAGGCUCCGCCCCCUCCGCUUGAGGAGAGGACAGAAUCUAUUGACAGCAGCACAAUGUUGGUGACCCCCGACACCCCUACAGAGACCGACGACCUCGAUCUCAGCUCCACACUUGAUUCCACGAAUACCACCUCACUCAGUACGGUGGUUUGAGGAGACUUUGUGUGUGUGUGUGUGUGUGUGUGUGUGUGUGUGUGUGUGUGUGUGUGUGUGUGUGUUGUGGGCAGGGCGUCAGGAGAUGGAGGAUGGGUUUCUACAACGAACUGACUGGGUGUUUGGGCUUCAUUACGGUUGCUACGUGUAAAUAUGGCUGCUUGUUUUUUUCCUCCUUCUCCACAGACUGAUCAUGACAAGCGGCAGAGCUUCAGUCGUCUUUUCGUCUUGACCUUUUGUCUUCGUGACCCGCGCAGUUUGGUUCAACGCCCUAAUGGGUUGUUAGAUUCUAAACAAACCCCUGACUUCUCACCUUUUAUAACCUUCACCUCCUACAGCCCGCUGUAAGAGCCUUGUCUCCAUGUAAGUGCUGUAUUCGUAAUGCAGCAUUCACGCGGUGGUGUUCAACAAAACCAUUGCUCUUUGUCCCAUCGCCAAAACGAUGCAGGCAUCUGAGCGACGCCAGGAUAUGCAGACUUGUGAAUGUUGCCAUGGUCUGGUUUUCCCCCAUUUAGCUAACACCAGCGUUUUUUUUUCUCGACGUCUCAACCCGAGUUAUCAUAUCUCGCUUGAUUCUCUCCGCCUUGUUUUAAGCUGAAGCCCUUGCACACAGUGUUUCAUUUGAACUUUGAAAUCGUUCAGAAAAUAUGUCCUGUAGGCGAUUCUAAGCCAUUUUUUCUAAAUGUUCUAAUCGUGUACUAAAGUAAUGAAAAUGUAUUUUUUUAACCCGCAUUGACCUGUUACAGGGCUUUUACCCAGGUGUACACCAGCUCUCGACCGAUGAGCCCCCCUGUGAGUAGCAGUUGUGUGAUGUUAGCUUUUAAGUGGUGUACGUGGUAGCUACCCUGAUCAUGAAAUUCUUUUCUCCGAAAGAAUGCAUGCAUUUCCUUUUCCACAAAUGAUGACUCUGCUGAGGUGUGGCGUAAAAUCUAUUUUACUUUUGUUACGGGUUUUGCAGCCACUAAAAAUCAACGUCCACGAAAGAUUUUGACACGACAGCAGAGGUCGCCGAUGGCUGAACUGAUUUGUGGAGUUUAUGUGAAUGUGUGCUGUAUGAGUUGGUAUCAAAAAGAUUGAAGACUCGCUUUGUUUACAAGAAAGUACUUUAUUUAUCUACGUUUACACACUACCACCUUUAAAAUAGUCCCCCUGCGCAGCAAUACAGCGUUUCUAGCGGUCCUGAAAGUCUUCUUCACGCUUCAGUCUUGAUUCACGUGUGAGGAGGAGCUCGGUGAUAGGGCGCGCAUGUGAUCAGAACAGCACCGGCUGCACGGCUCUAGUUCUACACAGGACGAUAUGUUUUGGCACACUGACUUAUGAAGGUCGGCACUCCUUGUGACUGUGCGUGCGGCCUCGUGCUGCCAUCUGCAGGCGUCAUCACCGACUGCAGCUCGGUUUAUUUGUCUACUCAGACAGCCCUUAUAGUGCACAUGAUCCUUAUAGAGGCAUGCAGAUAGUCCUGAUAGGAAACACGUUAGGGGACGGGAUUAACUAUAAAGUAACUGAAGACAGGACAGAAUGAACUGAAUAAACCAAACACUAUGAUGUGGACAUUCAGACAUGAUUUCAAUCACUGAACCUGAUUUAAAAAAGAAAAGAAAAUCACAAAUUAUACGUGAAAAUGUACAAAACGAUCCCACACUGAUUUUGGAGGCCAGUGAGGAACAGACCCACAUGCGCUGCUGAAAGCUCCAAGAGGGACGAAAAGCUAAAGUGCAGUUUUAUUUCCUCUCCUGUCUGAAAUAGGUCAGAUUUGACACUAAUCAUUUACUACUGUCUCAACCCUGUUUGAGAGUCUGGUAGGUCAGUCUGUAGGUAAACACCAACAUUCAGCAGCACAAUUUUACGGCCACUCAAUAGCAGCAUGGUGGCUCUGUUCCAUCAGAAAUCAUUUUUAUUUUAAAGCCUAACAAUGUUCAUGGACGUAGAAAAAAGACCCUGUAAGCCCUUUUAACAUCCCCCUUUUAAUCUUCACCCUCCAGUUGAUCGGCACAGACAAUCCUGAGCGAAUUCCCGUCUCCUCCCGAGCAGAGCGCGUGGCGCCGGUGGGCCCGAUGGUGUCGAUUCGAUUUCUGCGUUCGUUCUCACCGCUCUGCAUGUUUUCUCUCUGCGGCGUGAGGAGUUUUAACGAUAAAACACAAAAAGAAAGAAAAAAAAACAAUUCAAUGUUUUCUUGUAAAAUUGCCACAACGGGCAACAUCUGAAUGUUCGGUUUCAGGUUUUUCAUGUAAUUUCCUGUUCUGGUUUCGUUGCAGGGUUUUGUGUUGUACUCUGAUGUCGAUGUGUAGUUCAUCAUCAUCAGGUGCCAAAUAAACUUUGACUCUGAAUGAGUA